AGGGGCGUCGAGUCUCCCGCCACCCCCGGCGGAGCUGCCGCUGAGUCGCUUGUUCGGAGCCCUGCUGCCAAUAAAGUUCAUUAAAAAUUCGGAGUCCUUCUGAAAAGAGCGAGAGCGGGCGCGAGCCGCCGGGCGGCCCCGCCGGGGGAGCUGGCGCGCCGGGAGGCGGCGGCGGCGGCGGUUGCGCCGCGACCAGGAGGAGCCGGUCGCCGGGCGGCGGGUCCGCGGCGGGCGGGGACGAUUUGAGAGAGAAGAUCUGAUCACCUGCAAUUAAAGUUGGUACAGAAACCUUUUCAACUCCAAAAAUGUUGGAGGAAGAUAUGGAAGUGGCCAUCAAGAUGGUGGUUGUAGGGAAUGGAGCAGUUGGAAAAUCAAGUAUGAUUCAGCGAUAUUGCAAAGGCAUUUUUACAAAAGACUACAAGAAAACCAUUGGAGUUGAUUUUUUGGAGCGACAAAUCCAAGUUAAUGAUGAAGAUGUCAGAUUAAUGUUAUGGGAUACGGCAGGUCAAGAGGAAUUUGAUGCAAUAACAAAGGCCUACUAUCGAGGAGCCCAGGCUUGUGUGCUUGUAUUUUCCACCACAGACAGGGAAUCUUUUGAAGCAAUUUCCAGUUGGAGAGAGAAAGUAGUGGCCGAAGUCGGAGACGUGCCAACUGUCCUUGUACAAAACAAGAUUGAUCUCUUGGAUGAUUCUUGUAUAAAGAACGAGGAAGCUGAGGCUCUCGCCAGAAGGUUGAAGCUGAGGUUCUACAGGGCGUCGGUGAAGGAGGACCUCAACGUGAACGAAGUUUUUAAAUAUUUGGCUGAAAAAUAUCUUCAAAAACUCAAACAAAUAGCUGAGGAUCCAGAAUUAAUGCAUUCAAGUAGUAACAAAAUUGGUGUCUUUAAUACAUCUGGUGGCGGUCACUCGGGUCGGAAUUCAAGUACCCUUAAUGGUGGAGAUGUCAUCAAUCUUAGACCCAACAAACAGAGGACCAAGAAAAACAGAAAUCCUUUUAGCAGCUGUAGCAUACCCUAAAACAUUUUAGGGAGGAAAAAGAUUGAGUUAUAUUGUGCAAUUCAGUAAGAAAUCCAUUCAGCUGUCACGGUAUGUUACAAGUGUUUUAGCAGACUUUGCACCUAAUGGCUCUCUGAAAGUCGACAGACGUAAGUAUUGUUCUGCGCUGCUUUUCAGAAUGGAGUGAGAUCUUUGGUAGACGAAUUACUGCCCUGUGGACUCAUUUUAAUUUUUUUACAUUAGACGAGGCUUCUCCUGUUUUUGAAGGCAUGCUGUAUAAGAAAUGUCAAAAACAGGUUUUGCUGAAUUUUAAAUGCUGGAAAACAUAAAUGAAAUGCCUAAAUAUAUUGGUACAGAUUUUAAUAUUAUGGGUCAAGGGAAGAUAGCAAGCAUUCUUUUUCUGAAAUCGGUCAUCUAGCUUUUCUGGAAAAUAGUAUUGAAUCCGAAUACUUACAAAACAAUAAUAUUGAAAGGUAAACCCUAAAUCUUGCCAGACUGCAUUAGUGUGUACUUUAGCAACGUUACUUGUGCAAUAUCUGUAUAACGUAGAAUGUGGAGGUAUGCAUGCAGAUAUCUGGUACUGAAAUAAACUGCAAGGAUGUGCAGUAUUUAAGGGAACAUAGAAUCUAAUUCAUUGAUUCAUAAAACCAUUUACACAUAGUGUGUAUGUUAAAAAUUUUAUUUUCAAAUAAGAAAUUCCAGACAUAUAUUUUGCAAAAGGAGCUCAGAUUUAAAAAGUGCUUUGUGCCAAAAAUAUCAUACCUAAUUUUUACAGUGCUUUACUAUCAGAAUUUAUAUUGUUUAUAGUAUCUUUUAAAAGCAGUUUUCCUCUCUGACAGAAUAGAUAAAAGAGGAUUAUAAAUGAUUUAAUGCUAGAGCAUCUCCCAGGUGAGACUUGUUGCAGAUCUUUUUCGUACGUCCAACCGUAGGCGUGGUGACUACGAUCCACAGCCCGUCUGCGGUUAGUCCCUGCGUCCCGUGAAGUGCGACGGUGCCUCUGGCACCUUUUGCUGCUGACUGAAAAUGUAAUUUUGAACUUUUAGGAUUAUACUAACAAUUUUUAAAAAUGCACAAGAGAUGAUCUUUUGUCUUAAUCCACAUUAUGGAUUUUAUAAUGCCUGCAAUUCUAAAGCAUCUUUUUGUUUACACAUUUUUGUAUGGUAUUUUAAGAUUAUCACUUAAAAGUUUCUAUAACCUUCGGUUUGUAUAGCACUUUCUCAAGAGCUCUGUCAGCACCAAAUACAAAAGAAUUUCUUUUAAGAAAUAAUUUUGAUAUGUAAUCAUGUGGCAGAGCAUAAAUUUUCUGACUUGGGACAGUAGCUUUCCAACUAAGGUAAUUGCAUGAACUCUGUUAAAACUGAUUAUCAUUCAUCAGUGACUUUGUUUUUAACCCCUUGCAAUAUACCUGAUUUUUACAGGCUUUCAAAAUAUGUAAAAAUAACUUUUCUUGGAAAAUGUCAUAAAGUCAUUUUUCAUUAUUUGUACUAAAUGCAUAAUGUUUUAUAUAUUCUUUUGUAUGCUUUCUUUCUCUUUCUGUUUUUUUAAGUCUUCCAUCUAUACCAUUCCCAUCCCCCUGUCCAGAUUAAUGUUGAGAAUGUAAGAGAAAUUUCUGGGGCAUGUCUUCAUUAAGUGGUCGAGAGUGAAUGUUUGCUUUUCAUAAUAUUGAAAUAAUCUGGCAUUAUCUAUUUCAAAGUAAUAUAAAAUGUUUAUUUUUAUGUCACCAGUUGUCACUACUCCCAUUGCUGGCAGUGGGAUAGGUGUUGGGGAAAAAGCUCAGUUCCUAACAAUGGAGACCUGCUAGUGAUUCAUCUUCCCUUUUCUACUCUCUGGAAAGUCUCUUUAAUUUUUGCACAAAAUAUAUUUUGCAGCAAGUAGUCUUAUGGUCUUUGUAGCAGAAAAAUCAUGUUCUGUAAUAUGUUGUAGUUCUAUUUCAUAUUAAUUAAAUGUGUGUGGGUAAAAGUUUGUUACUUUUCUAUAUAAAAAAUGUAAUCUCUGAUGAUGGUUGCAGUUCCCUUGAUAUUUGUGAUAUAAUUUUACAUAGUUAUGUUCUUUUUUUCUUUUUACAAUAACCCAAGAGAGAUCUUUGUUACACAUUUGAAUUGUUAAUUUGCACUUCUGUAUUUUAAACCUAACCAUAAUUAGUCAUUUUAAAUAAUUAAGUAGGCCUGAAAAUCAGCCCACAAGUAAUAUGUUACUUUCUCUAAUUAACUGUAAAACCUUCAAAAUUGGCAUUAAUUUCCCCCCCAGAGAUCCUUAAAUCUUUUAAAUGACUUGACUAUUAAUUUCUAAUGAACCAUGGGUGCUAGAGGAAAACGCGUCCAAGACUGCAGGAUGCC